AGAACGAGGCUUUUCUUCGAAGAAAGCGAAAGUGCUAAAAUGGGAGGCGACAAGGAAGUGCUGUAUGCAGAAAAGGUUUUGAUUCCUUGCCCAGUAUUUUCUUUUCCUUUAAGCCUCGAAAUCCUUCCCAUGAUCCGUUGAAACUGUUAAGAGCCAUUCUACUCGGCUAAAAAGAUGGAAACACCAAACGGAGCAAGAAGAUCGCCAUCCACUCCUCGCCAAAUUGCAAAGCAGUCGUUAUGGACCACGCAAACAGGACCAUUAGUUGAAGCUAACACGUCUGCAAUGCAUUCAUAUUCCUCUACCGUAAGCUCUUUUACUAAUUUUUCAUUGUCAAGCCAAGACAUUUUCUUAGAAAGACAGUGUUCUGUAGCCAGUGGUGAUGAUAUUUUGCUUGUCUCAGAAAGAGUAACUGGUUGGCAAAGACUACUUAGAAAUCUCUUGGCACCUGAGGACUCUAGUGAUCUUGUUAAUCAGCUGGAGGCAGAUAGUAGACAAUUUAAUUGGAAAGUACAAGAUGUUUGUGCUAAGGCAUUGGGUGAAUGGAUUAGGAGAAAGGGUGAUCAAGCAACUAUUACGAGGCUAUUAAGUUCUCUAGAAAACAUUCACCGGAAAGAUGUAUCUGAUGAUUUAAAGAAAAGAUACUGCUUUACGUCUCCAGACUUGCCACUCUUUACAAAUAGGACAUUCAGUAGCAUUCCAAGCUCAAUGUCGUCUGCAGCCUCAAGUUACAUUGCCUUUGAUGUUCCAGAAUUUGAUCAAAACGAAGAUAAAGUGUUUGAAGAGGAACCGUCAGACACUGAAGGGCUGCGUAACUCAAAAGAGGUGGAAAAAAUAUUAAGCGAACUUAACGACCCCAAAAAGUUUGUUAUCUGUUUAGUUGGGCCACCAAAAAGCGGGAAAAUAACAUCCCUAAACAUUCUGUAUCAGAAGAUCCAGGAAGGCCCGUUCUUUGAAAGUACUAGGGUCGUGAGAAUUGUGGCUGACAGAAACUUAAACAGUAACGGGUUAAACAAGAAAAUUAUCGAGGAGAUAACAAGAAAGCCACAAGCUGAGGCAGAUCAUAGCAAAAAGGCUGCCCGUGCCUUAAAUGGGUUGCUCGAAAAUUACAAUGAAAUAAUCUUGAUUCUCGAUCUUUCCUUGAUCUCGUUGACUCAAACUGGCAGAAGCAUUUGUGAAUGUCUCUUAAAAUUAAGAAAAGAUACCAGGCUCGCUACUAAGUUAAAAAUUGUUGUCAGCGCCGUGACGUCAUUGAAAAGAACAAGUUUGUAUGCGCAGAACAGACACAGUUCGGUGGAAGUAGUAGCGAAACCCUUAAGUGAACAAGAAGCGAUGAACUUUAUCAGAGAAAAGGAUCCAAGCUUUUCAAAAAGGAUUGCAAAUCUUAUCGUAUCGAAAAUUGAGUGCUUCCCUUUCUAUCUUACACGAAUUACUGAAAGGGAUAUUGAAAGUGCAUUCGUUGUUGACAACAAGGAGGAUCUACUCCGUUAUAUUGAAUGCAAGUUUGAAGAAGUGGAAAAGAUGCUUUAUGAUGAAGAAGUUAAAGAGACCCUAGAGGCGAUUAUGGGCAAUCUUAAUGUGACAGAAAAAAGACUUCUGAUCCAGGUUUUGACUUUCACGAGCAGAUUUAAUAUUGAGCAAGCAAAUCGUAUUGUUAACUGCAGGGAUGAUUUGGAGGACAGUACACUGAAUGUAUUCUGUGAGCAGGGCACUUUAUUUUUGUCGAGAGAGUGUGUUGAUUUCAAAGGAAUGGUGUAUAACAUCCCCCGCGUCAAUGGUUAUAUCCUAAGAAGUUUGACUGCAUCCGAUGACACUCUCAAGAAUUCACAAAUGGAAGCACUUGCCAAGCAUCAGGAGAUGUUUCUUAACUUAACUGUACUUUUAAGCAACUGUUUCAUGGGAUUGCCAAUUGGUGCACGAGAGGAGCUUCGUGUUCUAGAGCCAUUCACUCCUUCAGAUGGUGUUCCAGUCGAAAUGUCACUAGCACAAUGUUCUACCGACAAGAGAGUACAAAGAAUCGUUAGACUUUUUAGGGAAACAGAAGAUGACAUCAUAAAGAGUCUGAUGAUUUGCAGUGAGCGUAAAAGCAUGUACGAGCCAGCUGUCCGCACUGCAACCCAGCUGAACGUAUUCCAUUUUCUUAUUUACAUGCUCAAGCCUAUGCUAGUUGGCAGAAUAUACAGACGCAUGAAACGAGAGGCUUUGAAUUACAAAGAUAAUGCUUUUGUUGCUAAGCUCAACGUGUGCAUUGCCUCGAUGAGCAUCCACAUUAAUGGCAACAGGAAGUUCAGUUCUGAAGCAAAGAGUCUCUUCCAAGCAAGUUUGGAAAGCCUAGAGGAACUAAAAUGUGAUGACAGUGACACAGAGAUGCUUUACACUCAUUGCUGGCGAGGAAUGGGUGUUUGUUUGCUUGCAGAGAGCCUAAAAAGGGAUGGCGAUACGUCGAUGGAUCAUUUUAACAAAGGGAUGGAGUAUAUUAAAGAUGCCAAAACAAUGCUCCUCAAUCUUGCUCAACAAACUCUCGCAAACAAUGCUCAAAGAAAUGUAGUAAACAGGGCAUACGCUGCAGAUUGCGAUCAGCUCCAAACAGCGUUCAGUUUGGAGACGACGGAGGCAAACGAUGCUCAGGAUUUAUUGACGGAAUCUACAAAAAUGUUAGAAGACAAUCUUGGCCGCGAACACCCUUUCACAUGCAACGCUUAUUUUGUGCAAAGCAUGUUGCACAUGAAGAAGAACGAAUUCAAGGAAGCUAAAAGGAUUCUUUAUUCCAAUUUAGAGAUGGAGAAAGUCGUCCUUGGGAUCCAUUGGCAGACUGCAAAGACGCUUUACGAAAUUGCUUCAUGUAUUAGGAAGGAGCUUCAGGCGAAUGGACUAGACGAUCAGAUUACACCAACGAUGUCCGACGAGGUACACGACGUUAGGGUGCAAGAUCAGAAACAAAUGGAGGCUGAACCCUCUCAAGGGUUUUCUUUAGAUAGUGAUGUAUCGGACCACAACCAAGUUAUUAAGAGCGAGCGAACAAGAAAUGACACAAUCACUGCUUCGCAAUUCAAUGGUGAUGAGUUAAAGGAGAUGAGAAGUCUGUUAAAACAGGCCGCACGUUUUGCCCUGUUCGCUAAUGGAAAAUGCAAAUUAGCACAAAACUGUUUCCUUAUGCUAGCAGAAACAAGCCGGCUACUGGGAAAGAGAAGAGAAGAAAAUUACUUCAACGAGAAGGCAAUUCGAUGCCUCAAGGUUUUUUGAAACUAAGUUUUGUAUAUUGUGUUCAAUUUUUCGUAAUUUGGUUUUCUCAAAUAUUUUGAUUUGAUAUGUACCAAAGGCCUCUUUGAAGUUCGUCCUAAAACGAACCUAAUUAAUUGUUUUGACGAUCAAGUCUCUUAAAGCUUUAAUAGAAUGAAUGUAUCACUUUGUAUAUCACAAUAUACAGACAGACACACUGAUUAAUCCUACACAAAAUAUAAAUGAUUCGAUUUCAAACAUUACCCUAGUUCAAAUCAAAACCUUGAAUAUGAUUCAUUAUACGUAUCAUAUGUAUACCAUUAAACAGUACCUCUUACCUUCGAUACAUCUUAUCGCAUAUGUGACGUAAUCGUUCGUUUCGUUUCCUUUGGUAUGCAAAUAUGUAUACACACUACAAUCCCGGACAAAAAUGGUUGAGACUUUUCAAAAAUGGCUUAUAUUUUCACUUUCCUUUAAAAAAUAACGUUUCCCCUUUCCCCAAUUCAAUGUUGAAUGCAUGAUUCUGAAGGAGAAAUGAUAGAACUACAAAUCCAACAUUGCUUCGCAGGGAAACGAGGGAUUCGAAUUUACAGGGGCAAGGUAAAGUAGAAAAUUACAAAAAUUGCAUUUUUUCUCAACAUUUUAUCCGGGAUUGUAGCUCUUUGUCGCUGCGUCAACAAGAACAAUAAAACAAACAAAAUGUUUUCUUUUAGUUUGUUUCCCUUGGAUAUUUUCUUUUGGAUUUUGAUAUUUUUUUGUGUGCAUUUUCUGUAUUUUUGUAGUUAUUAAUUGAACCAUAGUAUUAAAAACACAGCUUAUCCUCUUGCUGAUUUCAAACCAAUUCGAAAUUUGUGGCAUAGGUCGUGCUAAAGACAACGAAGUAAAAUAUCUGAAAGACAUGCUGAAGACAACGAAGUGUGUUGAAGUUCGCGUCCUUCUUGUAGGUGGGUCCCAAAAACUAAGUUAGCUGCGUGUGGUACUUAUCUAAAUAACGACGAAAACAGACUGUUAGCAACACGAUGUUAUCAAGUGACAAGUCAAUUUCUUGUAGAUUGACCGAUACUUAUCAGGGAAUCUGAUUGGUUAGAAUAAGUCUGUCAAUCAAAAUCAACCAAUUAUAAUUAAAGCUUGUUGUACACGUGUCACUGUAUGAAAUAUUUUACUCCUUUGAUGAAAGUAGUUGUUCUCUUGUUUUGCAAUAUUAGAUUUUUGAGUUUAAUAGCAAGUUUUUAUUGCAAGUUUUUAUUGCAUAUUUUUUGCAAUUGAUUAUUCGUGAUGAUUAAAUGAUUUUUAAUGUUUGCAUUGAUGAAAUUUAAUGAUUAAAGAUUUUUUAUGGUAAUUGUUAUGACUCGUUAUAUCAUUUCAAACUAUUCUAUCGUUGAUCGACAAUCACACCAUCACAGAAAAACAUUUUUAAUCAGUACCGUAUUCUCAAAGCACCCUUGGCAUCGUAGACCCAUAUGGUAUUAAAUCUUUAUUAUAUGUAAAUUGCCAUAUUGUUAUCCAGAGCCUCUGCCUCUUUAACAAACUUCCAAAGCCUGACGUAACAAUAACAUACUUUCAGAAUCUUUUUUCUUUGACGGCAUAACUUGGAAGAACACCGUUAAAGGGCAUAUACCGUAUUAACAAUUGGCUAAUAAAGCAAAAGCGUUUGGAGUGGAAUUCCACUGUUUCGUGACUUUUCAUUUCUUCUUCUUUAUUUUUUAUUCCAAUCAUGUUGGAUACAUGCCCUACAUGUUGACACAUGUUGGAUACAUGUCGGCACAUGCCCUUUAAAUACCAGGUGAAUUCAGUUAAAUUUGUUUCAAAUUGACUGGAAUAUAGCAAGUAAAAUAACUGAGUUUUACACACAUCAUGCUGUUGUUUAAGGUUGGUUAAAAGUUGUUAGAAGCAAGAGAAAGAACCUGUGCUCAUUUCUAAGCUAAUCUAAAUACAUGUGAAUUAUACUAUUCAUAUAUAGGUAUUUCAUAAUGCACAUUCAAGUCUGUUCGAGUAAUAGGUCUCUUACAGUUUGCCUCAAGAGGAGAUUUCAAUGUUGCAAUAGGUCAUCUCCUAUCCUACGGUAAACCUCAUCUAGCGGAGGGUCUUCAGCGGCCAGUUAUUUUCAAUUGUUGAUUUUUGUUAAUGUUGAUUUGUUGUUUUUGUUAAUUGUUGACAACAUGUUGUUUUUUACCCACAUGUCGCUAUACGACGGAUGUUAAAAUGUGAAUCUGGUUACUGCAGGUUACCAACCAAAACCGUUGUAACAUGCUUAGUAAACAAAGGAAAACCGACGAAACAAGAAAGGCUCGUGCUUCUUUGAUUGAAAACUCCUUAUUUCUAGAUACAGACGCACCUUAAUAUUAUAUUUUAGAUGCUUUUCAAGCUAUGCUUCAGCAUCAGCAUCGAGAAAUAUAUUUUCACAUACGCUAAAAAUAAUCUUGUGACGCACAGAACAACGUUUAAGUGCAGCCUUUAGGAACUCAAAACGUACAUUUUCUAAACUGUUGGCAACAUAAAUACAAUGGCUCUGAGUAAGCAAUAAAUUGGAAACAAAAACAAAAAACGUGUUAUUUUCAACAUUUUGCAUGGCUUUUUAUUACUUAUUAUGGGGACGGAAUAAUGGGAGAAAAUUGAUGAGCGACCGUUGCACGUCGAAGAUUUCCUCUCGAACAGAGGUUCUCGAUGAGGGUAUCAAUGUGGGCCCUAUGCUUCGGAGGGGGGAGGAGAAUUGGCGAUUAGUGCCCCCAAACGAACAAAUGCUUGUGGAAGCGAACGAGCAUCUUUCCCUUUUUUUCACUGUAGAUAAGAGGGUUUUGAGACUCUCGUUCACUAACAUGACAUGUCAGAAUAAGAGACCAUAUGAUCACAAUCGACUGCAACCUUCCAAAAAACUCUUGUAAGAACCAACAGAAUUUGAGCUGGGUACUCAAACAUAGGUUAACAAAGCAACAAACCUUUGAGGCAAUAAUUCAAUAUAACUACUUUUUUACGAUAAACUUGAGGUACUAAUUCAAUAUGCAGUUUGGUUGUACUAUUCUGAACAAAGUUUGAUAUAUUUAAUCUGACAGUAUGUUAUUUCACAAGCAAUAGGUAUGGGUCGUGUAUAGGCAUUUUACAAGAAAAAAUGGGCGGGGUAAUAUGGGAAAUUUAUAGAGUCCAUUAUCUUCGGAGCAGCCAUAUGCGACUUGAAUCUUGAUAGGCUCAUUCUUACAUUCGCUCCAACUAAUCGAUUGCAAGAAAAUGCAUGAAGUCUGCUUUGUUUUGAAUUGGAGUACGAGUAGGCCUUCCGAGGUUCUUUCUAUUGCCUUUGUUUACUUUUAUCUCUAGCAGAACAGGGCCCUCCAUCUCUCGCAUUGCUGCCACACUGUCCAAGAUUUCUUCAGGUGUGACUGCAGUAAAAGCCUGUUGAAUAGCAAAGCAGCGAUCAAGUUAUGAUGUGAAAUGUUUAAAGAACCCGUUUAUAGAAAUGUGCAGAUAGACUUGGCAAUGUGAGAUCUAGUCAAGAUCGGAUCCGUUCAUGUUGCGUCUCUACCAUGCUAAUCUUCCAAACGCGUGCGCGUGUUAUUUCCGGAACUCAUCUGGGCAAAUCUCGUAUAAACGCAAAUUGUUUUGGAUUGGAUCCUAUCAAAAGCCUAGGAUCAAAUCAAGAAGUAUCCGGGUCUUAUCUAGUCAAGGUCUCAUGUAAACACGGCCAGAGUCUAAAGACAGUGUUUAAAUGUUAGAAGUUUUGUGUAAUGAAGGGGUUGGUUUUAAUGUGUAAGACUGUUCUACCAAGGUAGAAAACGGUCAUCACAAAAAUCUGAAACAUUAAUGGAGAUGGCACUUUUAUGGCGAACAUAGACUCUUAACAUCAGUUUUUAUUUAUUUUUUUGUUAUGUUUUACGUCAAUUUUCAGUAAGGAUACUAAGCAUUUUAUAAUUUGGACCGCAUAAUAAUAUUUAUCAGUAUUUGGCUGGGAUAUUGCAAUAAGAGCAAUAGUUCUUAGAAAAAAGGACAUAAAAAUGGCCUUGAAAUCUUUUGCUGGUUAUCUCUCACCCUAACUUUUACAUAUUUAGAAGUAUUGCAAUGCGUUCUUUACGUUUAUGUGGUCAAAAUUCAAUUAUGUGUGCUUUAUGACAUCACACUUAAGAGCUCUAGGACUUACGCCUGUUACGUUCCAAGCUGCAACAACAAUAACCCUUCACCAAAUUCCAGGGGCUUUAACUACUUUUUAAUAUCUAGAGGAAUUAUUCUGCAUUCUUCAAGACUAUAUAGUUCAGAUUCAGAACAACUACUCAACAAUUGAUUUUUAUUGUAUUUUUCUAUCAGUACCCAUCUGUAAAGACAUUUUUUAUAAAAACCUUACAACAUUGGAAGAGUUCAAUGUGUGUGGUUCUUACCUGCUUGUAUCCAACUCCAAGGGCAAUUUGAGUGAUCCUGAAGUCUUCCAUUCUUGCUGCAUCGGUGGGCUGUCCACCGACUGAAUCAUGUGCCCCGUUAUUGAUAACAAUGUGUUUUAGAUUUGGUGGAGAGUGGUUGCCGAUUGUUGCUAGGUUACCCAAAUGCAUAAUGGCAGCUCCAUCACCAUCAAGGCAGAAAACCUGUUUUGAAAGAGAUUUCAUAGCUAGCACUAUGGGUGGAAAUAGAAAUGGAAAAAAUAAAUCAAGAAAAUUUUAUGUUACUGAGAAAAAAACGAAGGGAAUAUGAAAUAUGACUCUAUAAAGAAGCGUGUUUGGAUGGUCAAAAAAAACUUUAAAGGCAUUCAACAGAUACUAAAGGGGCUUAAGCAUUCUUUCCAUAAAAAUUGACAAAUCCGUGAGUGUGAUUCUACUUACAUGUUCAUUGACUGGCUAAUAUUGAUUGACAUAUUGAUACAUGGCUUAAUAUAUGUUGAUUGCUGCAAACUAUGCAUGUUGAACGGGGCUGACUGGAUUAUCAACAGUUACAAGAAUCUAAGGUUGUCACAAUUACUGCAAAAAUAAAGCAAAAAGCUGUUUAACCUGUCUUCUUGGUCUCUGCGUUGCAAUACCGAGUGCAAUGGCGGAUGCAUGUCCCAUACUGCCUACGCAUAAGAAGUCUUUCUCGUGACCUUGGCCUUUUGCUUCACGAUAUUCAAACAGCUCUCUUGAAAGCAUUCCUGUUGUUCCCACGACCACAUCGCGGUCUUUUAGGCAGUCAACUAUGUUCUUAAUUGCUUCUUCACGGUUUAAGGGAAAUCUAGAAAGAAGUUCCACUCACGUUAUACUAGGAUUUCUGCCAAAAUUAGGUUCAAAAAAAUUACGAGUAAUAUAUAAUAGUACUUUCCAUUUCUAAAACGCUUGAUUAGCUACUGGAAAACACUCCUGAAAAAUCAACGGUUUCCAACCAAACCGUGUUUUUGAAACUACCUAAUAAGAUGAAAUAAGACGACAAUUAAACUCUCAAAAAUCAAGCCUUUGAAAUGGGUUUGGGACGAGGUUGUCACUUGCUAGUUUUGUGAACAAAGAUUUUUGCCAGGCAUUAUGACUAAAACAGAUUGAAUCCAAAAUAUUCCAAAUACGAAAUGUAUGUAUAUCAUAAAUGAUCAUGUAGAAGGCAGAAAAUGACGUAUUUUUUAGGAGUAGGGUUUUCCGGGAACUCAAAUAGAUCAAGCGUAAUGCAAAGGAUACAAAAUCGACACCUGUUUACUUCCAGUUUACCUAGAGGAUACCUAAUAAAUUUUAUCUUCUAAAAAUGUCAAAAGAGUAAACAAGUAACUAUAUUUAUUUGAAAAAAACUUACUUUGGCUCAUCCUUGGCCAAUUUGUAGGGUAAAAACGUUUGUCUUCUCACCAGUAGGCAGUAUGGGCCUUUUGAUACUUCCAUAUGUUUCCUUGCAGUGUACAAUGCCUUUAGAAAAGGUUUCAAAGAUCAACAUUUGUAGGCUGACGAAAACGAAUUAAAAAAGCCAGAAGACAAUAAUUUUGGAGCCUCAAAUGAUGGUGAAGAUGCCAAAAACCUGUCAAAAAGCAACACGUUAGCUUGAAUGGAAAAAUCUAAAUUUUGUUGGAAAAAUCUGUCGAGCGUAGCUAGAUAUUUGGGAGUGCGAUUGCAGUGUUCCAGUGUUUUUCUUUAUAGCCUCAGGCAUACUGGAAAUGCUGUUGAAGAAAAAAUAAGCACUAUUCUUCGUGAUAUUUUGCUAGGUGUAACAUUCUGAAAGUUGCAUUACUACCAGAAAAUGAGAUUAUAUGAAAUUUUGAUGAUGCUAAAAACAGCAUAGAUGUACCAAAAAUUCUCCUUCAAGAAAGGCAAUUCUAACUUCAUUUACCCCAUGGUCAAAAUAGCUGGGUUUGAAUUCCUACGAACAAAGAGCCUUCAAGUGUGAUGAUGUGAUAUUUGGCUCUCAAUGAUUAAAAAUGCCAAAUCUACCUAUACAUAAUCUCUUUAGUCUGGUCCGAUCAAUCGGACACGGUGACUGAAGAUUUGGUCCAUACUCCAUUACCGGCUCUUGCAGUCUCUCUGCAAGAAAUACUUAUCGUUAGGAGGAAAACGAAAGAAUGUCAGUUCUGAAAAAACAAAACAAGUAAAGAAAAACUGAAUUAUUGUCGGCCUAUCAGUAUCGUUUUGUAAGCCUCUAAACCCCAAAAGGAGUGGCCUAAACAAGGCAAUAGUUCCUUUGCAAACAAAAUGUGUACAAGCAAAAAGUAACCAAGACACCGAUGUUCAAUAAGUAAAUGCGUAUAAAAACAGGGAAAUUUACUGUAUGUUUGCAAAACAUCAUUAGGCAUCACAUUUUAAAACGAUACAAGAAAAUAACCCUUUGUAGGGGAUUCCUUUAAUUUUUGAAACUUGACGCUUAAAAUUUGUUAAAAUGUUCUUUCUCAGCCAUGUUAAAUAAAUCAUUAAUUGCAUGAAUUGCAGAUAAAGUAUUUGUCAGUGUCUCAUUUUUAAAACGACUAUCUUUUGGCAAAGGAGUCAUUGUGCUGGCUGGCUGAUGGCAACAUCAUUUAGUGAGAGGUAAUUUUUUUUGAUCAAAAAUAAUAUUUGAUUCCUUCAUUUGAAAAAAACCCAGUUUAACAUUUUAUAUUUCUUUUAUAGGUUGUCGUAUUUCCUGUCCAUGCUUUUAAAAUGGAGACAGUUAGGCUGGAACAAACCAGUUGGAAGAUAUUGUAAUAUAUUUAGGAUGAACCUUAAACUGAUAUUGAUUUUAAAAACAAGGAAAUGUCACAAAACAAAAAUUUUUUGCCUUUAAUUUGAUUUAAUUUUUCUAAAAAGAGUUUUUUAAUCUUGAAAUUUCUGAAAACUCAUUUAUUCCAAUAAGGGUUAUAAAUGUAAAAGUUGCAGUGCCUUCGCAACAGAAAGUAUUUUGAAUGAAUGCAGAGAGACAGUUUGGGAAGGAAUACAAAAUUUGUAUAGCCGAAAAAAGGUUUUUUUGACAAAAGAAUUUUGCAUUCAAGGACUUUUAUUCCCUGUUUUGCAGAGAAAAUAAGGAAAGAAGAACAAUGUGACAAAUGAGUAAAGUUUUCCAAUGAUGAUAAGUAAAAAGAAAGUUUUACAAGAAAAGACCUUACUCUACCACACUAGUCAUCAUGAAAUGAUUGCAUCUAAAGUUAUUGAAAAUGGCAAAAGGGAUUUUCUCAACAAGUUACUCAUGCCUUUAUGCCAAAAGAGCUGGUUGACAUUGUUUACUUCAAGAGAAAAACAUAAUCUAGGCCACAAUUUUCUAAUUUUAAAAAUGGGGAAAAAUGUAUAUUAACUAUUUACCUAUACAUCUAAAUUUAUUUUCACUAAGAGCAAUGAGCAUUCGUGGUACUUUAAUUUCAUGAUAUAAAAACAACUCUUCUAAAAACUAUUUGGCUAAUAUGUUGGGCUAAUACUUUAAAAGGAAGCAAACUCCCCUGUUUAUUAAACGUUGGACUUGGCAUUCCAAAACUUUAUCCAAACCUACAAGCACACAUUUUAGCAAGGUAGUAAAUAUCAGAGCUUAUUAUUGGUGAAUAACUGAUCUAAAACUUUCAAAGGAAUACAAGAAGUAAAGUAAAAAGGAAAUUUUUGAAUGAAAAAACGAAGAUGUUGAUGAAUGUUAUGAAGUCUUACCUGUUCAGCACCUUCAAGAUAAUCUGGUAACACUUGAAAAGGAAUGCCACAAGCAGCU